CCUAUGGUGCGACGCAGGUGCGGGUGGGGACGAGUCUCCACCUACAGUUCGCGAGGCGCGAUGCUGCAACCCAUUUUUGCUGCUCUUUCACUGAUUGCUUUGGUGACGGGGCAAGUUAAAGGCAAGGAGGGGCAGAUUCCUGAACCUGUUAAACCGUUGGUGGAACGUGCGGACCAGUUGAGCGGGUGUUUGGAGCAGCGUGGUGGCUUAGUGGACCAAGUGGACACCUUUAUGAACCAGCAAAGUUUGCGUAUGUAUGGCCUUGGUGGUUCUGCGAACCGCCUUGGAUGUUUCGAAAAUAACUUGGAUGGUUCUAAGGAUCAUCUGGGAGGUUCCGUGGACGAGGUGGCUGUUAUGGUGAGCCAGGUGGUGGUACAUCACCUAGCUAAGUGUCACUUAGUCCUGGGAACCAGUCAAGAACAUUCACCUGUUUUAUCCCAGAUUAUCAGGCGCGUGUCGGGUGUGGUAGGAUAUGUUGUGGUGGAGGCAGGAUCUCUCUUCCUGCAGGAUCCUUGGCCACAGGUGUUAUCUCAGGUGCUGUGGCAGCACGCUGGGGCCGGCUGCCGUGUCGUCGUCCUCGACCUCUCCACCCAGGCCCACCUUGCCUUCAGGUUCCUGGAGGUCUCAGCGUUGUGGUUAUGGCCUGAGACGCGGGUAGUGUUGCUAGGGCCCAGGACGCUGCUGGUCACGGCUCUCCUGCACCACACUCUCCGUAACACCAUCCACGCACUCUACUUCACUCUCCACCACUCUACGUUCUCAGCUCUCCACACUCGCCUCACGCCUCGGGCUACACCACAUGUCGGAGACUCUCCCGUCGCUCCCUCAGGUCGAAGAGUAGGCGCUGAGGUUUACCGGAAGUGUGUGUACUGCGUCAGGGGAGAGGCGGGGGUGAAGAUCUUGCUCCCCUGGUCAGGGGAUAGUGGUGUUCCCCAGGCCGACCUGCUCUUUCCUGAUGAAUUGAGCAACAUGAAGGGUCACAAGUUCAAGGUGGUCGGGUUGGUGAUAGUGCCAUACACAAACUACAGACGGGACUUUCCUGGCUCUAAGAACCCCGUCAUUCCUCUUGAAUCUCUUGACUUCAGCAUGCUUCACACCCUUGCCGCCAAGCUCAAUUUCACUUACGAGAUGCGUCCACCAAUGGUGGAGGAGUUCGGGCUCCCCAGAGCUGACGGCAACUGGACUGGGACGGUGGGGACCCUCCAACACCAGCAGGCAGACUUCUCCCUCAUCCUCUCACCAACAUCAGAGAGGCUGCCGGUGGUCGACUUUUCUCGGGUCUACACCCCCGUGUCCGUCUGUAUUGUCACUCUCAAACCUGGGUCUCUGCCUCAAUACUUCCAGCUGGUCAGGCCCUUCACUGGAGAACUGUGGCUAGCGAUCCUGUUGAGCGUGGCAGGCUGGGCCUUAACCCUGUGGCUGCUGGGGAUGGCGUGGUCGACCUGGGGGUCUGAGCAGAGCAGCAUCACUCUCAGCAAUGCCUUCCUGUACAGCUGGGGCACCUUGCUGCAGGGUCAAUCCAUCUACAAUCUUCGCCACUCGGCAGAACGUGUGGGUUGUGAUCCUUCUAAAGCCGUACUGGUUGGGUGGUGGCUGGUGUUCUGCCUGGUGAUCAUAGCAGUCUACAGCUCCUCACUGGUCGCGCACCUCACCGUUCAAAGCAUGCUGCCGGCCAUCAAUUCCUUCCAGGACCUGCUGGACCAGGACGGCUGGACCUGGGGGCUCUCCUCCUCCGCUGGCACUAUUAACAUCUACUUUAAUACGUCUCCUGAUGAUGCUAUCAAGGAGGUUAAUAAACGACUUAAAACACAAACACAAGAGGAUGGGAUGAGGGAUGUGCUGAGGGGCCACCACUCUCUCAUGAUCGACGUGAACAUCGCUACCAUCCUGAUUGCCUCGCGGUACACAGACUCCCAAGGUUACACUCCCUUCUACAUCAGCACGACCAAGUACCCCAUUUUUGCUGGCAACGCCUGGGGCUUCAGGAGAGGAGCGCCGUUCCGUCGGCGCUUUGACUUAAUGACUCAAAAGAUGAUCGAGACCGGGCUGCUAGACCUGUGGUUGAGACAGUCCAUGGCAGCUACAGUCGCCAGCUACAAGAGGCGCUACCAACACCUGCCUAAAUUCAACUCGUCCGUCGUAAGCAGGUCUCAGGGCCAAGAGGUGCUGAACAUUCACCAUCUUCAGGGAGUGUUUUACCUGCUACUGCUGGGGUACGGCCUCGCCUGCCUCGCCCUCCUGCAGGAGAACGCCAUCCAUUUCUAUAAGGGAGAAAGCAGCCAUGUUGAAUAAGAAAAUAAUCUCAACUUCCGAGACAACUCCAAGCAACAGCCUAGUGGACCAAACUCUCACAAGUCAAGCCUGGCCUCGGGCCGGGCUUGGGGAGUAGGAGAACUCCCAGAACCCCAUCAACCAGGUAUCAACCAUGUAUCAACUACAGGGGUCGUAGAUAAGAAUUGUGUUCAUAUUACUCAUUAGUGGCAGCCACUUAGACAUUGGUAAACUGUCUUACAGUGAGACUGAGGCCUGUCUCACUCUUUGCUCAUCAGCAUACAUUAUAACACCCUCCAGUAAAUAGCCAUUGUUUAAUAUUCAAUCACAAAAGACUGUCAAGGAGAUAAUAAAAAAUAGCAUCUGUA